UAGCUGGCAGAAUAUCUGGUUUUUUUUUGCAUUUUGCGUUUUCAACUGAAGUUUGCGAAUAAGCCGAAGCGUGGAAGACCACAGAACUCAAACUAAUCGACAGAAAACCAUCUGCAAGUCGGUGAAGAAAUUGCACGUUGAUCGUUGUUUUUUUUUCUCGACAUUUUCUGGUAAAAGCCCGUGCGUGUGUGUGAGUCUCUCUCGCUCUUCCUUUUUUUUUUAGUCUAUGCGUGUGUGUGUGGUCGCAUAAAUUUACCGAUAUUUCGCCUGUGAGAGCGAAAAAAGAGGCGAGUAAAGUAAAACGAAACAGGCAGAAAAACAGGAGCAGUUUUGUUGAAAUAUUGGUAUAAAAAACGCAAACCAAACAGGAACAACAAAUAGCUAGGCAAAAACAGGACGCACAAAAACUAAAAUCAAAGCGAAGAGAGGCGCAAAGCGGAGAGAGUGAAAUUCUCAACAACAACAACGACAAGAACAACACCAGAAGUAGCAGCAGCAGCAACAACAAAAAUGAUCAAAUCCACAAUGAGCGAUGCAGAACUCUUUGAACCUCCGAUGACCAUUACCCCAGAGCAUGAGUUGCGUUUUGUGGGUCCCUUCAACCGACCCGUUGUCACAAUCAUGACUCUGCGCAGCAACCAGGGUCUGCCUCUGGUCUUCAAGAUCAAGACAACCGCCCCGAAGCGCUACUGCGUGCGUCCAAACAUCGGCAAGAUCAUGCCCUUUCGAUCGACCCAGGUGGAGAUCUGCCUCCAGCCAUUCAUCUACGAUCAGCAGGAGAAGAACAAGCACAAGUUCAUGGUGCAGAGCGUCAUUGCACCAUACGAUGCUGAUCUAACCGAUUUAAAUAAAUUGUGGAAGGAACUGGAGCCCGAGCAGCUGAUGGACGCCAAACUGAAGUGCGUUUUCGAGAUGCCCCGCGCUGAGGCAAAUGCUGACAACACCAGCGGUAGUGGCACCAUUGCCGGUGGAACCGGAGUUGCCGGUGGCGGAAGCGCGGGGGCCAAUACUAGCUCAGCCAGCGGCGAAGCGCUCGAGAGCAAGCCGAAGCUGGAGAGCUUUGUGGAUAAGCCAUCCAAUUUGCCCGAUGUGUCAAAGAAUUUGGAGGCAAUGGCCGGAGAGAUUAAGGAGCUGCGUGAAAUCAACAUCGAACUACGAAAAGAGAAUCUUCACUUGAAGGAUCAAGUCACACGUUACCGGAGCUCGCCGGCCGUCAAACAGGUGAAUGAGCCCUAUGCCCCAGUCCUGGCUGAGAAGCAGAUUCCGGUCUUUUACAUUGCAAUUGCCAUUGCUGCGGCCAUUGUUAGCCUCCUGCUGGGUAAAUUCUUUCUCUGAAUGCCAUAAACGAACGCCAGCAACAUGCUACAUGCUACGUGCAGCAAAAGUAACAGCAAGAACAGCGGCAACACCAUCAUACAGCAACAGCAAAAGCAGCAGCAACUAACAACAGCAACCACAACGAAAGAACAACAGCAGCAGCAGGAGCAUUAAGAUCCAUAAUCGGCAAAAGAAGCAAUCCACAGAGACGAAUGUUAAGCUGACUAAACCGGGGACCGUAUAUAUACGGAUAUGAUAAAAAUCAAAAAUAAUCAUUGUUUGUUAGUGAAGCAAAUAUCGCUCAGAGUAAUGAUUAUGAUGUGAGAGUUGUUGUUUAACUCCAAAAUAUUGCUCAAAGUCAGAUUGCAGUUAUAUUGAUACGAAUUUUAACAUGAUUUAAAUGUAAAGCAUCCGCAACAUUUUUAAGCUGUAUUUACAAGAAUUCGCUGGGAAUGAUCGCAACCGGACUUUGAGUAAUACGAAUAUACGAAUCUCUCACAAAAUAAUCAAUACUUAAAAAUAGGAAUAAUAACGAAUGAUUACCUUGGUCCCUGAGCUAAUAAAAAAAAACAGCAGAGAAAGGGUAAAAUAGGAGAGACGUAAAAAUCGUAUUUUCGCAAAGAGGAAAAUCUCUCAAGAAAUAUUUAAAAUCCGCUAAGAUCCCAUACGUAUAAUUGCUCAGAUUUUCGAUUGCAUUUUUUCGCUAUUAUUAAUUAAGAAUUUUAGUUUAAAAUGCUUUUUUUAUUCGUUUUUGAUACAUUUUCAACCCGGAAAAGUAAAGUAUUUCAAAGAAUAACCAAAAUUAUCAUUAAUCAUACCUUCUCGACGAAUCUAAAUGGAAAACCAAAUUGUUACUUGAGUGCGAGAAUAAACUUUAGUUUUUUACA